UGCGGGAAAUGUUGUGUGGGGGGGGACCAGAUGCGAUCAGAUGCCCCUUCUGCGUUUCUUGCAGAUGGAGAUUGCGCAUCCAGGUUGCACCACUGACGGAGGAUCGUCCUGAGGGGUGAGGAGAGGGUGACAUCCAGCUCUGGAGAUGGCGUUGCGCCUGGGUCGCCGGUGGGCAAACCUGUUUGAGAGACAGGCCGCAAAGAUUCUGGAUCACUACUUACUCCAAACUCCUGCAAAGCAAGACAGUGUACAGGCGGUUGCCUUGGGGAUUGACAGCAUUGGGGUUGCAACCAAUCUUUCUGGUCCAAGAUCAGGUGGAGCCGUCUUCAGACCCGUGGUGCAGCAGAGUCGGGUCCUUCCACCACUGCACCAUCAGCAGACAGCGGGCCUGGCGACAAGUGCCGCCAAGCAAGGCGUCCCCCCUCCUGGUCCCAAGCUGGGCCUCUCCUCCCUUGUCCUGCUCGCCCCGUGUGGCAUCACGCUCUAUCUCGGGCUGUGGCAGCUUCAGCGGCGCGAACAAAAGAUCGCCAUGCUCGCCGAGCGCCAGCAGAAGCUGGCCGGCGACCCCGUCAGUCUGCCGGAGCUCCUCGCAUCCCAAGGCAGCGAGAGCGCGCCAGAUCUAGAGUUCCGGAGAGUCGAGCUGACGGGGACAUACGACGUCAGCCGGUCGAUAUUUGUUGGGCCUAGAGUGAAGUCUGCCCCUGGGGGGAUGACAGAGAAAGGUUUUCACGUGGUCACCCCCCUGAUGCCGGAGGAUAAACGGGCCCCCCCGGUGCUGGUCAACCGGGGCUGGGUUCCAAAUGAUUGGACAGAGCCACCUGGGGGGGAGACGAAAGUGACGGUGUGCGGCGUAGUCAGGGGCAGCGACCAGCCGAGCCAGUUUGUGCCCCCAAAUGCACCCGAGGCGGGAGAGUGGUUCUUCAUUGAUGCCCCUCGUAUGGCUCGAGAAACGGGUAUCGGUGACAACGCUCUGCUGAUAGAGGCGACCUCGGACGUGGGAAGCAGACCCGGUGUAGCUCGGUACCCGGAGCCGAGGGAUCCCCUUGAACUGGCAAAGUUUAGGAUCAUGCCCCAGGACCAUCUCAACUACGCCAUGACCUGGUUGACGCUUUUCGCAGCGGUGUCCACAAUGGCGUACAUGCGGUUGUUUGGAAGGUCGUCAAGACGAAAGCAAGUCGUACUCAAGUACAAGGACGGGACUUGAUUGGAUUGAAAGGCAAACGCGGCACGUGUACCUUUGCCCAUGCUCAAGCUACCAGCAGGCGCUUGAAUCAGGCACCGACUGAGGACGGACAUGAAUGUGAACCGCGGUUCGUCAAUAUGUUAGUUGCUCAAGAGCGGUUCGACUGGGACUCUACUAUUCGAAACGGCUUACUUUCGG